AUGACGUCACGCAGGGCGGUUACCUGCUGGGUAAGGCGGUUUAAGGUGCAGGCGCGCGCUCUCGGACUCCUCAGCAUCCUGAGUCAUGGAGCUGAAGCGGAUUAUAGGCCAGUGCGCACCGCUCUUCUUCCUGGCGGUGACCUUUGACCUGGUGGGCUUCAUCGUGCUGCUGGUGGGCCUGUGCGGGUCCCUGCAGAUCGGAGGCCGCUGUUACGGGGAUUUCCUGGCGCUCACCGGCGCCGUCCUCAUGUUCUUUGGCGUGGGAAUGUGGGUGAUGUGGUACGCGGGGAACCUCGACGCAGACGGGAAGCGCAGCGGCUUCGGGCGGAUCGCCAGGAGACUGACCACGCGCCUGAGCUCCAUGCGGGGGAGAGGAGACAGCGGGAAAACCGAGGAGGAGGAAAUGGAGCAGGAAAUGGAGGAGGAAGAGCAAGAUGAUGGAGGAAAGAGCGAGAAAAAUGCUGCUUACACCAACGAAGCGUACGAACCUGCGGACAACGAGACACCCUGAGAGCAGGUUGUACGUGGAGGAUUUGAUAAUCUCUGGAAAACAGAACUCGUCACUUUAUUUCAAUGUGUUUCUGCCAAAAAAAACACCCCUGUACAGAUUUCUGUGCACACAUACACUUACACAUGUAGUGUAUCAGGCACACUUUCUGUGUGUGUGUGUGUGUGUGAUAGUGAUCCAGGGGAAAUGUUUGUUUGUUUCUCCUCUAAAGUGUCGUUGUUGUUUACACGUGUUUAUUCGGAGCUGUAGCGACUGACCCCGUGUGUUUGCUCUGUGAAUUUUGCUCCAGCGAGAGGAUUUCGCAGUCAAACCGGCCGAGUCUGGAUGCAACCGUAUGUUUACAUGAGCUCAACCUAUAUACUCUCUCACCAGGAGCUUUUAUAAUAAUCAUAAUACCAGAGCUUUAGAGAGAGAGGGAGAGAGAGAGAGACAGGAAGUGAGAGUGGUCAGACAGGUUUUAAUGAAAAGCUCGUGUUUGGUUUCACUGCGUGCUGGAAAAUCACCAACGUCCAGAAAGUCUCGCCUUCAUCACUUCAUCACUCAGUUUCACUGACCUUUCUUUCUUUCUUUCUUUCUUUCUUUAUUCUCAGCUUUGAGUCACUGUCACUUUAUCUCAUCAUUAACAGUGUGUGUAUCAACAUACACACAACAUGCACCUUGACCAGUUCAUUUAAUGUGCAAUAAUAUGAUUUGUAUAAAUAAAGAAAUAUCUCAUUGUUUACAUCUAAAAUAAUUAAUAAAUGUGUAUAAAGAUUUCCAAUUCGGUUGUUUUGUGUCUGUGUGUGUGUGUGUGUGUGUGUGUGUGUGUGUGUGUGUGUGAAAGGAAAUUCUCUUAUAUUAUGUACUCUCUUAUAUUAUGAACUGCUAUCAAAUACCUAUGAUGAAUGUAUACAUUUAAUUACCUCUUUAAAUAAGCUAAUUAACUGCCAUCCUUUAUUAUAGCUGGCACAUGUAUUUUCUGUCUCUUGAAAAGACUUUUCAUGUUCUGUGUGUUUUGUUUUGUCUAUCUGUCUGGCCCCUGCACCAGUAGAAACUGUCCACGAACUGCUGUUAUCAAUGUAUAUAAAUACUCUUGGUCUGCAUGAAUAAACUCGGAUGUCUAUUUGAGCA